AGUGGCUGGCUGGACCUCGCUGACCGUGUCCGGCCUUCAACGCUGAUUGGCUCUUAUUUGAAGAAGCUCACGCGCUCAUUCAACUAUUAAGCGCCUCCCCGUUCCUCUAAAGGCCAUUAUAAUGCAAGAGACCCUCCUCUUUAAAACCACAAACCGAAUUUGCUUUCAUUUAGGCCAUCUAUGUCUCGUUUUUUUCUUUUUUUAAACUCGUACUGAGGGGCUGCUUUCCGUUUUUAUCGUUUUUUUCCGUUAGCCCCAGCCGCUCGGCCCCUUUGGAGAGGCGCGAGCGCGAUGCUCUCGCACGCCGAUCUGCUGGACGCUCGCCUCGGUGAGUUACCGGCCAACCCCGGUCUACAACUCUACUGGAUGAAGGACGCCGCGGCUGAGCUGCUCGGUCACCGGGAAGCGCUCAAGUGUAGACUGGCCGGGGGAGGUGGUGGAGGAGGUGGAGGAGGCGCGGGAGCUGACCCCGUUCACCCCGGAGAGCUCCCGCCAGGCUCGGACACGGUGGAAGGCGCAACGCUGCUCCCGGGAGAUGACAUCAGCAGUGCCGCCGCGGGAGUUCCGGUGAACGGAAAGGAUCAGGACAAGCACCAGCAUCAUCAGCAACAACAACAUCAACAACAACACCAACAACAGCAGCAGCAGCAGAACCAGCAGAACCAACAGCAGAACCCCGCUCAGCAGACCCAGAAGCAGAAGCGGCACCGCACUCGUUUCACCCCGGCACAGCUUAACGAGCUCGAGCGCAGCUUCGCCAAGACGCACUACCCGGACAUCUUCAUGCGCGAGGAGCUCGCGCUUCGCAUUGGACUCACGGAGUCGCGUGUGCAGGUGUGGUUCCAGAACCGGCGCGCGAAAUGGAAGAAACGCAAGAAGACCACCAACGUGUUCCGCGCGCCCGGCACGCUCCUGCCCACGCACCACGGCCUGCCCCAGUUUCCCUCCGCCAUGGGGGACGGCUUGUGCUCCUUCCACGCGAACGACACGCGCUGGGCGGCGGCGGGCAUGCCGGGCGUGUCUCAGCUGCAGCUCCCCCCCGCGCUCGGCCGCCAGCAGGCCAUGGCGCAGUCUCUGUCCCCGUGCAGCCUGAGCGCGGGCCCGCCGCCCACCUCCAUGGGGCUCUCCAACAUGUCGUCCAACGGCUCGAGCCUGCAGUCGCACCUGUACCAGCCCGCUUUCCCGGGCAUGGUUCCCGCCUCGCUCUCGGGCCCCACGAGCGCGGCGGCGGCGGGAGGAUCCCCGCAGCUCUGCAGCUCGCCGGACAAUGACGUGUGGAGGGGCACGAGCAUCGCGUCGCUGCGCCGCAAAGCGCUGGAGCACACGGUGUCCAUGAGCUUCACCUAAUGCACCGCUCGCUGUCCAGGAGCCCCGUCUCCACCUCCCACCACCACCUUGACCAUUUUUAAAGCGAUAGUUCGGCUGUCAAGCGACGGGUAGAAUUUCACCCUUAGCUCUAAUGUACAGCUAGUUUCAUUAGCUUUGGAUUGGACCUUCAAAGCUAAUAAAGCUACCGUUCAUAAUAUAUCGUGCUAACUGACUGUUAAAGAACUAAACUAUUAUAAAUAUUAUCAUAAAUUACUCACUACAAAAAUUACUGUAACAUUAAAAUAAAUGACUCAUAAUUUACUGUUAACUAGAAACAUUACUGACAUUGUUAAGUACAAAAAAUACAUUGAGUAGCAUGGUUAUCAUUUUCAAAAUAAUAAUAAUAUUAUUCUGGGCUAUAAGAAUCCAGGCCAAAUCUAGGUCUACAAAAACUAAAUCGACUGUUCAGUGAACAGUGAACUUAUUUGUUGUUAGCACUCACAAUAGCAUACACAGCCUGGAGCGCUGGAGCUAAAAGAACAUGAUUGUCUUUGUGCCAGUUGACGUUAGCAGACGGGUUUUGUUUUUCCAACAAUGUGUGGAAUACUAUUAGCAUUGAAAAUCAACACGGCACAGCUAAAGUCUAAUUAUAAAGGCGAGCAGGCGACCUUCUGGGCAGCACUCUAUAUCUACAACAAAAAAAUAACGUUUGCCUACAGUUGUGCACAGCUAAAGUGGAAAAGACUAUUUGUUUUUGUGUUGUUAUUGUGUUUUUAACGAAGCUAAUGGAAAUUAUUAGCACUGUGCUAAGUGACUGUUAAAACUUUAAAUUCUACUCUUUAUGAAACAGAUUGGCUUGCAUUAUUUUCAUCAUUGCUACAUUUAUGGCUCCGAAAACACAAGCAUACCAUUAAGUUGAAUGUCCAUAAACCAUGGUUUUGAAAGCUAGAUUUUGAGACAUAGUCCGAAUAAACAAACUAAAUCGACUGCUUAUUGAAUCUCUCAUUGACUUCCAUUUAUCUGUAAACAAGCUUAAUUCUUUUAGAGAUGAGGGUAAAAUCCUUCGGCCGAUUGUUAACCGAACUUUCACUUUGACAGACCCCAGCCACGCACCAUGGAGUCUCAGGAUGCAGACCUCCUCAAGCAAUGCUACUACAAAACAAACAAACAAAAAAAAAACAACAGAAAUAUCAAACAAGUAUCAGAGACUUGAAUCACGUGCAAUUUAGGGACUCAGUAAUGCUUUGUAAAUCCGUCCCGUUUAUUUCUGUGCACAUUUGGUUUAUUUAUUUACUUAUUUAUAUGUUCGUUUGUUUGUUUAUUUGUGUGUUUAUUUAUUGAUUUGUUUCAAAUAAUCAGCAUCCAUUUCUGCAGCAGUUGGGCUAAAAAAAGAGAAAGAGAUGAAACAAGCCAAAAACGGACUGCACGAAUCAAGAGCUGGGAUUUUUUUUCUUUGUGAAACGAAAAAGAAGGACAAAUAAACAAGAAACGAUGAAAAAGAAGAAGAAGAAAUCGAUUUUUAUAACGACAAUAAAACCGAUCGUCGAUAAGCGAUCAUUUUCAGAAGCAUCAGCCAGACUGCAUGCGCCCACUGAAGGUAGAGAUGUUCUGGGGGUGGGGUGGGAGGGGGAGGUUCUCAUUUCUAAACUCUGGACUCUGUUCUAAACUGUUCUAUGGGGUGUUUGGUGUAGAUAACGCAUUCUUGAAUUGGUCGGUUUGUGAUCUGUUCUGAGUUCCUGUCUGUGAUUUAAAAAAACGCAUUUCGGAUCUUUAUUCCUAUAUGAGACGCUUUUGUUCCCUUUUAUCAUGUUUAUAUUGAUUGAAUGUGAUGAGAAAUAAAAUCAUUUUCAGUAUCUCA